AUGGAGUUGUGCAUAACUCCAUAUUCCACGGGGAACAAUGAUGAAGUUUCUGGUGGCGAUCUGAAGGCCUUUCCGGAGAGGCUUUAUGCUGUUCCUCCCAGAAUUGCUAGUGGAUCUGUUUCAGGAGUCUCUACUGAAACAUACCUGGAGGACAACAGAAAAUGGAAAAAACAUGUCAGUGCGUAUAAGAAAAUCAAUAAAAUUAUCGACUCAGGAAGGUAUCGCAACAUUAUGGAUAUGAAUGCUGGGUUAGGGGGUUUUGCUGCAGCCAUCCAGUCUCCUAAAUUGUGGGUCAUGAAUGUUAUGCCCACUAUUGCUGACAAAAAUACUCUGGGUGUUGUAUACGAGCGAGGACUGAUUGGCAUCUAUCAUGACUGGUGUGAAGCCUUCUCCACAUACCCAAGGACAUAUGACCUUAUCCAUGCCUAUGGUGUUUUCAGUUUGUACAAGGACAUGUAA